CGCGUCUUUUUGCGUCUCCCUGCGCAGACCGCCGAGCAGAUAGCAUGGCUGCUCAGGCCCACACAGGAGCACGCGUGGCCCACGAAGGCGGCGCCCUGCCGGAGAGGAGGGUCAAGGCCGAGGCAGCAGGCGGUGAUGGUCGUGCGCCGCGGCCAAGCGCGCAGGAGGUCGACGACGGUGCGCCAGCGACCAAGGGCGACAACGGCAACGACAACAACUACAACAACAACAACAACUACAACAACACCAACAACGACGACGAUGACGACGACGACGACGACGAGGUCGAGGGCGCCGUGUGGGAGACGGCCUCGCUGUUCGAAGAGAUCCUCGACGAUGUGGCCGCCUUCGAGUACUCGAGCAACAACAGCGACACAUGCACGGCCGACGAGGCUCGCCAGCUGCGGCUGCGGCUUCACGCGGUCGGCGCGAGCCAGUUCGUCAUGGAAAACAUCACCUCGGAGAAGAUGACGGCCCGCAAGCUGUGCACCGCCUUCAACGUCAGGAUCCCCCGCUUCCUCGACGACGCCCCCGACGAGAACUUCUACCAGCUGCUCGGCCUCGCCAUCAACCGCGAGCUGAACAAGCGCCCGCGCCUCGUCCAGUACAAGACCAUCGACGACGCCGCCAAACUGCUGCAGGACCGCCAGAACAUCAUGGUCAUCACCGGCGCCGGCAUCUCAACCAGCCUCGGCAUACCUGACUUCCGUUCCAAGAACACCGGUUUCUACUCGCGCCUGCGGUCCAUGGGCUACGACGAGCCCGAGCAAGUGUUCGACAUCCACAACUUCGACGAGGACCCGCGCAUCUUCUACCAGCUCGCUGGCGACAUCGUGCCCGACCUGAAGAAGUGGACGCCCACGCACGAGUUCAUCAAGCUGCUGCAGGACAAGGACAAGCUGCUCACAAACUACACCCAGAACAUCGAUAACGUCGAGGCAAACGCGGGCAUCCGCAAGGAGAAGCUGAUCCAGUGUCACGGCUCGUGGGCGACAGCGACGUGCAGGAAGUGCAAACACAACGUCCCCGGCGAAGCCAUCUUCGACUCUGUGCGCGCGAUGAAGCCUGCAGAGUGCAAGCGCUGUGUGGAGGAGAUCGCCAGUCAGAAGCCGGGCAUGAAGCGGAAACGAACCUCAAACGGGCACGGGGCCAGGAAGAAGCGCUCGAGCGACGAAGACUCGGAAUCAGACGGCGCCUUCGACAUUCCGCAGCCUGGCAUCAUGAAGCCGGAUAUCACCUUCUUCGGCGAAGCGCUGCCGAACGACUUCUUCGACCGCCUCAAGGAUGUCGACAAGGAUAAGGUGGAUCUGGUGAUCGUCAUGGGCACGAGCAUGAAGGUUGCGCCCGUGUCCGAGAUCCCGAACUUCUUGCCGCGCGAUGUGCCGCAGAUCUUCAUAUCGCGAGACCCCAUCCACCACAUCAAUUUCGACAUUCAACUCCUCGGCGACUGCGAUGUCAUUGUCACCGAACUCGCGCGCCGCGCAGGUUGGAAGCUGAACCACGACAUGCUACCCGACGAUCAGACGGUAGACGUUGUACCUAUCGACGAAGAAGAGCACGAGUACGGCGUCAAAUUACAAAACUCAAAGCCGGUCGUUGAACCACAGACGGAGCUCAAACUGGAGGCUGUCAAGAAAGUUGAGCUUGAGGCCGGAUCCAAGGGUGCAGAUGAAAAGGGCGAGGGCGAGGGCGAGGGCGAGGACGGGAGAGUCGAACGGGAAAAGGCUGAGGCCGAGUAG